CCUUAGGAAAGAGUUAAUGCGAAGAGGGGGAGGGGAUAGGACGGAGAGACCGAAGGGAAGGCUCAGUUUCAUUUCCACGGACCUCCUUGCCUGGGCCGCAGUCGCCGCCGCGAUGCCCAGUAAGUUCAGCCGCCGGCAGCUCCGGGCUUUGGGACCCCCAUCCCUGGCUUCUCCUCCAUGCUGUAUGGAAUGAAGAUUGCGAAUCUGGCCUACGUCACCAAGACUCGGGUCAGGUUCUUCAGAUUCGACCAAUGGGCCGACGUGCGGCUCCCAGAAAAGAGAGUGAAGCCGAGGUCAGAUAUCAGCAAACAACAUAAGUCACUGCUAGCCAAGAUCUUUUAUGACAGGGCUGAGUAUCUUCAAGGGAAACAUGGGGUGGACGUGGAAGUCCAGGGGCCCCAUGAAGCCCAAGAUGGGCAGCUCCUUAUUCACCUGGAUUUGAACCACAAAGAGGUGCUGACCCUGAGGCUUCGGAAUGGAGGAACCCAGCCUGUCACCCUCAUUUGCCUCUUUUCGUUCUGCCGGACAUCCCAAUUUGCCUUCUAUGGUGGAGAUCAGGAGCUGCCUUGCCAGCUGGGCCCUGGUGCAUGCUAUGAGCUCCAUGUCCACUGUCAGACCAGCUUUGUGGGCUACUUCCCAGCCACGGUGCUGUGGGAGCUGCUGGGACCUGGGGAGGCGAGCUCAAAAAAAGCCAACACUUUCUACAUUGCCCGCUUCUUGGCUGCCGUCACCCACAGCCCCCUGGCUGCACAGCUGAAGCCUGUGGCUCCCUUCACGCGGACCCGGGUCACUGCAAGUCGUGUCACAACCAAUCGGAUAGAGGAAGGAGAGAGACCUGACUGGGCCAAGGGCUACGACUUGGAGCUAAGUAUGGCAUUAGGGACAUACUACCCACCCUCCCGCCUCAGGCAGCUGCUCCCCAAACUCCUUCGGGGAGGUAUCUUCACUGCCCCAAAGGAGAUUGCUGAGAUCAAGGCCCAGCUGGAGACACCCCUCAAGUCAAGGAACUACGAGGUGAAACUCCGGCUGCUACUGCACUUGGAGGAGCUGCAGAUGGAGCAUGACAUCCAGCAGUAUGACCUGGAGUCCGUGCCCAUGAUGGGAGACCCUGCCGACCAGAACCCCCAGCUGCUCACACUGGAGGUUCCCGGGGUGACCGAGAGCCGCCCUUCAGUGCUACGUGGUGACCACCUGUUUGCCACCUUGACCUCUGAGAUACACCAGGAGAACCCUGUCACCUACAAGGGCUUUGUGCACAAGGUGGAGCUGGACCGUGUCAAGCUGAGCUUCUCCCCGAGCCUCCUGAGCCGUUUUGUAGAUGGGAUGACCUUCAAAGUGAACUUCACGUUCAACCGGCAGCCCCUGCGGGUCCAGCACCGUGCCCUGGAGCUCACAGGGCGCUGGCCACUGUGGCCCAUGCUCUUCCCCGUGGCAUCCCAUGAUGUUCCGCUGCUGCCACCAGAUACAAAGUUCAAGCUGUAUGACCGGAGUCUGGAGUCCAACCCAGAGCAGCUGCAGGCCAUGAAGCACAUCGUUACAGGCACCACCCGCCCAGCCCCCUACAUCAUCUUUGGGCCUCCGGGCACCGGCAAGACCGUCACCUUAGUGGAGGCCAUUAAGCAGGUGGUGAAGCACCUGCCCAAAGCCCACAUCCUGGCCUGCGCUCCAUCCAACUCAGGGGCUGACCUCCUUUGUCAGCGUCUCCGGGUCCACCUGCCCAGCUCCAUCUACCGCCUCCUGGCCCAUAGCAGAGACAUCCGCAUGGUGCCUGAGGACAUCAAGUCCUGCUGCAACUGGGAUGCGAAGAAGGGGGAGUACGUGUAUCCUGCCAAGAAGAAGUUGCAGGAAUAUCGUGUUUUAAUUACCACGCUCAUCACUGCCGGCAGGCUGGUCUCGGCACAAUUUCCCAUUGAUCACUUCACACACAUCUUCAUCGAUGAGGCUGGCCACUCCUUGGAGUCUGAGAGUCUGGUGGCCAUAGCAGGGCUGAUGGAAGUCAUGAAAACAGGCAAUCCAGCAGGGCAGCUAGUGCUGGCCGGAGACCCUAAGCAGCUGGGACCUGUGCUGCGUUCCCCACUGACCCAGAAACAUGGGCUGGGGUUCUCCCUGCUGGAGCGGCUGCUCACCCACAACAACCUGUACAAGAAGGGCCCUGAGGGCUAUGACCCCAAGUACAUAACCAAGCUGCUACGCAACUACAGAUCUCAUCCCACCAUCCUAGACGUUCCGAACCGGCUUUAUUACGAAAGGGAGCUGCAGGCCUGUGCUGAUGUGGUAGAUCGAGAGCGCUUCUGCCGCUGGGAGGGUCUGCCUCAGCAGGACUUUCCCAUCAUCUUUCACGGCGUAAUGGGCAAGGAUGAGCGUGAGGGAAACAGCCCAUCCUUCUUCAACCCUGAAGAGGCUGCCACAGUGAUUUCUUACCUGAAGCUGCUCCUGGCCCCCUCCUCCAAGAAGGGCAAAGUGCGCCUGAGCCCCCGAAACGUGGGCGUCAUCUCCCCAUACCGGAAACAGGUGGAAAAAAUCCGUUACUGCAUCACCAGACUUGACAGGGAGCUCCGAGGACUAGAUGACAUCAAGGACUUGAAGGUGGGCUCUGUGGAAGAAUUCCAAGGCCAAGAACGCAGCGUCAUCCUCAUCUCUACUGUUCGAAGCAGCCAGAGCUUUGUGAAGCUGGACCUGGACUUUAACCUUGGUUUCCUUAAGAACCCAAAGAGGUUCAACGUGGCUGUGACCCGGGCCAAGGCUCUCCUCAUCGUGGUGGGCAACCCCCUUCUCCUGGGCCAUGACUCCGACUGGAAAGAUUCCUGGAGUUCUGUAAAGAAAAUGGGGGAUACACUGGGUGCCCCUUUCCUGACAAACUGGACCAGCAGCAGGGACAGAACUUAUUCCAGGGUCUGAUCAAGCACAGCGCCUCUACCUCAGGUAUGGCUGGACAGCCGGGCCGGGCAGGAACAGUGCUG